GAGGAGUCGGGGCCGGCCCAGCAGCUGGGCUCGGCUGGGCUACACAAGGCCCCCCAGGACCGAGCUGGUUCUUCCUCAUGCCCCAGGGCCGAGCCCUUUUUCUGACUGACCCUGCUUCGCGAGCAAACGCCAGCUCCGUGACGUCACAGCCCUGCCCAUCCCCGCAGCUUGAUGUCACCUGGAGUCCCCCCUUUCCGCUUCACUUGUGCUCCCUUAGUGUCCUUUUCGCCUGGUCCACGGCUGAGCGCGAGUCGCACUGCACAGAACCUAGCAAGCUGGAAGACUUGCUGCAUAAAACUCUUAGGACUUCUUUUCCAAACUCUGGGGUGUUGAGAAGCGUCAUAAUCACCGCCCCCAAGUCUAAUCAGCCAUCCCAUUGCCUUAACCCAGCAGUGAUGUGGAGGUGGAGACCCACAGGAGCCCCGGACUUCACCUGAGCUACCUCAGCGGUCACCAAGGGUGGCAAGAAAAGGAAGAAAGCCCUGAGUUGGGGGGGACCAGAAUGCCUGACCGGGACAGCUAUGCCAACGGCACCGGGAACAGCGGUGGAGGCCCUGGAGGAGGUGGCAGCGAGGAGACCAGUGGGGCAGGGGCAGGCAGUGGCGGGGCCAGCUCAGAUGCCAUCUGUAGAGACUUCUUGAGGAAUGUAUGCAAGCGAGGCAAGCGUUGCCGCUAUCGUCAUCCAGACAUGAGUGAGGUAUCCAACUUGGGAGUGAGCAAAAAUGAGUUCAUCUUCUGCCAUGACUUCCAGAACAAGGAGUGUAGCCGCCCAAACUGCCGAUUCAUCCAUGGCUCCAAGGAGGAUGAGGAUGGUUAUAAGAAGACAGGAGAGCUUCCCCCUCGGCUGAGGCAGAAAGUGGCAGCCGGCCUGGGCCUUUCACCAGCUGACUUGCCGAAUGGCAAAGAGGAGGUCCCUAUCUGCCGUGACUUUCUCAAGGGUGACUGCCAGAGAGGAGCCAAGUGCAAGUUUCGCCACCUGCAGCGGGAUUUUGAGUUUGAUGCUCGAGGUGGAGGAGGCAGUGGUGGUGGUGGUGCAACAGGCCCAGUCCCCCCAGGACGACGUCACGACCUCUAUGAUAUCUAUGACCUCCCUGACAGGGGCUUUGAGGACCAUGAACCAGGCCCCAAGCGCCGGCGAGGUGGAUGCUGCCCCCCGGAUGGCCCCCAUUUUGAAUCCUAUGAAUAUAGCUUGGCUCCACCUCGAGGGGUGGAGUGCAGACUGCUGGAGGAGGAGAAUGCCAUGCUCAGGAAGCGGGUGGAGGAGCUUAAGAAGCAGGUCAGCAACCUGCUGGCCACCAAUGAGGUACUGCUGGAACAAAAUGCCCAGUUCCGCAAUCAGGCCAAGGUCAUGACCCUGAGCUCUACUGCACCAGCAACUGAGCAGACUCUGGCCCCCACUGUGGGCACUGUUGCCACUUUUAACCAUGGCAUUGCCCAGACUCACACUACUCUCAGCAGCCAGGCUCUACAGCCUCGCCCUGUAUCCCAGCAAGAACUGGUGGCCCCCACUGGAGCUCCAGCUGCUCCCCCAACUAAUGCUGCACCUCCUGCUGCUCCACCACCCCCACCCCCACACUUGAACCCAGAGAUCACGCCAUUGUCAGCUGCUCUGGCUCAAACAAUUGCCCAGGGAAUGGCACCCCCACCUGUCUCCAUGGCUCCUGUGGCUGUAUCUGUGGCUCCUGUGGCCCCAGUGGCUGUAUCGAUGGCCCAACCCUUGGCAGGAAUCACAAUGAGCCACACCACCACUCCCAUGGUGACUUACCCCAUCGCUUCCCAGAGCAUGCGUAUCACAGCCAUGCCACACUGAUGGGGCUAAUGGACACUCCCCUGGUAUAGCCUCCCAGGGCUGGGGUCGAGGGGCCCUUACCCACUCGCCUAGCCCUCCCAGGCCCUGUCUGAAGGGCUCACUCAAGAACUAGGACAAGAGACUACAAGGAGUUUGCUUCUGAGAAAGGGUUGGGCUGGUCUGUUUUCUCUCACCUCCCUUUUAUGAGGGUCCUCUUGUCCAUCUUCCUUCAAGCCUCACAGAGGGGGCUUUCAUAGGAGUGCAGACUGAAGCCAGCAGAGAGGAAGGACUGACUGAGGGGCCGUAUGUACCCUGAUGGGAAGAUGGGGACAUCCCUUGUCUUGUCCUCUCUUCUGCAUAGCACAGGUUCCAGCACUGGCUUUGGAAGAAAAAAAACAAAAACAAAAAAACCCUGCCCAGAGGGAAAGCCAGGAGAGAUUGGGAAGUGGGUGGCCAGGAGAGAAGGCCUAAUAGGAGCCUUCAGACAAUUGGGGGCCUAGUUGAGUUGGAGAAUACAGGAAACUGUUCCUGGGCCCAAGGGAAGGUGGGGACCAUAGUACUCCAGUCCAAAGACUAGGGGAGCAUUCAUUACCUUGGCUUGGCUUGGAAAUCCAUAGGGCAGGGCCCACCACUUUCCAAAGAAAUAAAAAAAGAAUUAUUUUUAACAAAUGGAGGCAGUGAAAACUUGCUUAGAUAAACUGUGUGGAAGAUGAGAGCAGUAAAUAUAUCUCAUGCCAAAAUGGGAUAAAGACCCCACCCUCACACAGCUUGGAUAAGGUUGGGCAGAGGCCAGGUGAAGGGUAGGGACCCAGAGCAAAAUUAAACGGCGCUUUGUGGGGUAAAAGCAUUGGAGCCACCUAGUCUAGUUUAAAAAUAGUCCCAUCUGUUGCUGGUUUCUAUCUGCAUGAUACUAUUCCCAGGAUACCUUAGUAACCAGGGCUCCUGGGGUCAUUUAGGGGGGCAGGUACUAAGGAGGGGUGGAUGUGCUGGGAAAUGGGAAUGGGAUAUGUAUUGACAGAUCCCUUAUUCAAACAGCAGGGCAGGUGGCAGUUGCUCUCUGAGUGGUUGAUGACAGUUAAUGCCCCUCUUACCCCAUCCCUUCCUCAGUUACCAAUGCCUUAAGCCUUCAGGGCUUGGGAGGUGCUGGGAAAAGGAAAGUUCUCCUGGGGACACAAACCUCAGGGUUCAUCUCUUCCCUUUGCCUCCAUAUAGAACCACAGAGGUUUUAAAUCCAAUUAAGAGUCCAUAAGGCCAGGGACCCCAGCAGCCAAACCUCAGUUCCUCCUCAGCUCGUAGUUGAUGUAGGGGAAACAACUCAGGUAUCUAGUCUGAUGAGACAGUGGAUUUGGGAUACAGAACAUGGUUCUGAGUUGUGCUUCCCCCAUCAUAUCUGCUGCUACCUCUUGUUUUGUCUGGUUGAUCACUCAGGUUACACCUGGGGUUGGAGAUGGUAUGCUCGGUCAAGGCUGGUCAUAAAAAAAAGAAAAGGCCUAAAGACUAGAAGUGGUCAAAUACUGAAAUAUUGUGUGUGGACUCUAGAAACCACACAUUGAUAAACUUAAUGUUGAUUUUUCUGGCACAGUUCUGGAUUAUUAAAAGAGAUGGUUUAUGAGUAGAGACAAAUGUGAUGAUAGAUACCAACAUGAGUUCAUCCCAGCCAAAUCCUGACUAUUUUCUUUUUUGCCAAGUAUCUCUAAAGAGGUAGAUUUGGGAAACUGUAAUCAUUGUAUCUUCUUGAUUAACAUAUGCCAGCCAAAGACUGCCAGGAAUACACCUGUAGUCAAACAAAUUGGGUUUAAUGCUCACUGCAGUUAUGGAGGGUGUGCCAUGGGACCCAUGCCUAGCAAAGGGACAUUAGAAAGGACUUUUAGGACUUGGGACUCUGGUUAAGUGAUUUGGGGGAAGGUUCAAGGAAGUGGGGCUUGGUUCCACUGGGUGCUGUCAGGGAAGCAGGGAUACUUCUGUGAUUGGGUAUCUUAACUAGGAAAAGAGCAGACUAGAGUGAAGCUGAAAUUGGUAAUAAAGCAGCAGUCACCCAUUAGUUGGGAGAAGGGGAUGUUUGCUAUUUCAUGACUUGCACACUGACCUUGUUUUGUGUUUAAACAAAAUUGUGAAGUGUGA